UCGCUCCACGCCGUUCCGUUUCCUCAUCCAAACUACACGCACUACCUCAACGCCGACGACGACUCACCCCGGCCGGGUUUCGUCUCGCCGGCGGCGGCGCGAGGCCCGCGAGCUCGAGCUCGAGCUCGGCAGCGGAAGCUUCGGGUAGUAGUAGCAGCGGCCGUUAAGACUUCUCUCCUGCCGCCGGCAGCGGCACACAGCGGAGAUGCUCCCGGCCCUUCUCCCCGGCUGCCUCGCCGCGCCCCCGCCCCCGCCGCCGCUUGUCACCACCAGCAGCACCGCAUCCCCUAGCGCGCACCUCAGAACGCUCCGGCUCCCCUCUGGCCUUGCGGUAUCCCGACGCGCGGGCUUCGGGGAGGCCGCGCGUGCAGCGGCCACCGAGCGAGGCGCCAUCGAGGAGGAGGAGGAGGAGGAGGAGGGGUUCCCGGAGUGGGGGAACGGCGACGAGGAUGAGUACGACCACGACCCGGAGAUCGGCGACAUAAUGGGGGAGUACUUCGACGACCCCAACAAAGCCCAGUCUCGCAUGGAGGAGAGGAUAAAGAAGAAGCGGCACAAGAUCGUGCAGGCCAAGACCGGCUCACCCAACCCCAUGAAGGUCGUCUUCAACAAGUUUGACUUCUCCAAUUCGUACAUAUGGUUCGAGUUCUACCAUGCUUUACUGCCAAAAGAUGUGACCUUAAUUUGCGAUGCUCUGCGGUCAUGGCAUAUAGUUGGGCGCCUGGGCGGGUGCAAUUCUAUGAAUAUGCAGCUAUCACAGUUGCCUUUAGACUGUCAAAGACCAACUUAUGAUGCUCUUGAAGGAGCGAAUACCACACCAACAUCCUUUUACAAUAUUGGUGAUCUUGAGAUUCAAGAUAAUAUAGCACGUGUAUGGGUAGACAUUGGUAUUCACGAACCGUUGCUUUUGGACAUCCUGCUUAAUGCAUUAACGACCAUAAAUUCAGAUCAUGUGGGCAUUAAGCAAGUGCAGUUUGGAGGGAGUGAAUUUCAGAACUGGAGCGAGGACUUGAAAACGGAAGAAGCUGGAUAUAGUGUCCACAAAAUUUAGAAAGCCUAGUCCUAUUAUAGCAGAAGCAGCCGCUAUCCUGCUGAGGUGCUGAUAUAGUGCUAUAGCACGGAUCCAAUGUAGCUUCCUGAAUCAUCCACCUCACAAGGGCUUCAACCGCUAUGAUCUUGCAGUUCUAACUGAGAAGAAAAGCGACGACACCAUCCUUAAGCCUGAAAAGUUUGUUGCCAUUUUCCUGCAAAGAACCUUUGCUUGGAAAAGGUUGCCUAUUAUUAUGCAAAGAAGCCAGCCCAUCAAGAUGCAAAUAGAUCCUAAGAUGAGUGAAGGUGCGCAUGAUUUCUUCAAUCUCAUCUACUUGGAAUAUAGGCAACAAAGUACGGUGAUUGAUAAGAUAUAAUGGCUUAGUGGUGCACGAGUCACUCACAGACCCUGAUUGAACAAUAUGAAAAGCCAGCCAGCCUUGUGAAGUUGUGAGACUCAACUCAAUGAAGCAGCAUAUGUGUUUAUUAUUAAACUAUUUAAGCAAGGGUUAAUUUGGAGAGUUGUUACAGAAAUUUUGCUUCGAUUAAUCAAGACUUCAAGAGAGUUCAGAAGUAGUAUAACAUUUUUCACUGUGGUACACAGAUUAUUGUCAUAGGCGAUGUUUGUAGGAUUUUUCACAUAAAUUUUCGAAAGAUCGAUUUUCACAGAA